UUUUGCAGGCUUGGCACUUCCUUCCCCAGCUGCAGAUUUCAUUCCUAGAUAUUGUGUACCAUACCCAAGGGAAGAAAUGUAAUAAAUCACUUCUAGAUUCUUCUAGGCCUAGAUUCUUCUAGGCUUUCCCGGAAUUGGCAUUGCUUAGAGAAAGUUUAACAAACAAAUAAAUAAAUAUCCCAGCUCCUAAUAUUUUUUUCUGUCUUUUAUAGCCAGACUGAAGUAUUAUCCCACAGAAUCAUAUGUGGGAUAAGGUGUAGUAGUUUAUUUUUAAAACAGGAAGGUAAAAUAAGCAAAAAAUUUUGGAAAGUCACAGUUCAUCUCAUGCUUUCCUUGUGAUUGCUAAUAUUACUAAACUGCUGAGUGUUUGCUUUAACUGCACAAUGAGAAAUCAAGAACAAGAGCAGUUAAUUCCACUUUAAAGCCACAUUAACUUUCUCAGUGCAAGCAAGAAAUGAUAUCUAUUUCAGGAAACAAUUCCAGGAAGCAACACUCACACAGGAAUUUAGUAGAAUCUGGCUCCUGGAACAUGCCCUCCUUUCCCACCAGAAAACAAGAUCCAGCAGCCCAAACACUCCAUCCAGUCUCUCCUACCUCCAGGCACGCACCAGUAGAAGCCCUGCUCUAUUUCUCCUCUCCCUUCCCAUUCUUUCUCCAUGAGACAUGUUUAUGAUCAUUGCCCUGCUUACCCCAUCCCCAUCAGACUUAUCCUUCCCAACCAUUCCAUCAAUCAGAUAGACUUUGGCAGUGGAAGCCCAAAAGGCAGUCAGAGCAUACCUGUACAAUGUCCCUAGGAAGGAGAAUGGAAAGGCAUACUGCAUCCUGCUCAGGCACAAUCUUCCCUGCCCAAACACCUGGAAGGAGAAGGCGGGGGAACUACCUGCUGGAAAGGCAGCCUAAGGUGUGGAAGGGAGCCUCCAGAAUCAGAAGGUCAGCUGGGACCAAGGGCAAGCCUUGAGUUAAAUUUGACUGGACUUCUCCCUUUUGGUAGCUAUGUGUUGGGGGUUAGAUUUGCUUUUUUUUUUUCACUUACAGAAUUUUUUCCCAUAAAUUUCCAAGAAGCCUUAAUGACUACUUAAUCAGAACAAAAGAGAGUACUUGAAGGACAUGGAAGCACAAGGCUACGCCUAUUGUUUUUAAGUCUCUGGGAGUGUCCUUCAGAGGGGAGAGAUGAUGAGCUUUGGGAAAGGUAAAAAGACAGAGCUGGGGGAGGAGAACUCACUCUUGCUCUCAGCAUUGAGGAGGACGGUCAAGCUGCCCCUCGCUGCAGGAAGAGUUCACGGCCAUCACUCUGCCUCUGCCUCAUCCUGGGAAAUCUAUCGUCAUCUGCUCCUGUACCCAGGAAUCCUGAGCUCGUUUUCUCCAGCCUCCCCCCACCACCGCUGCUUCCUCGGAGCUUUGAGGUUCCCCUGCUACUCUGAAGCCCUGCACUGCCCAGCCCUGCCGGGACACCCCUGCUGCUCCAGCUGCCAGCACAGGGCUCCUCAUCUCAUCCAGCAGCCCGGGACUUUCCUCCCUCCCAGCUCGGCCUCUUGGAGUCCUGCAGGGGCACUGAGAUCAAACUGCCCCGGGCUUUUUUUUGUGGGAAAAAAAAAAAAAAAAAAAGCCCUCAAGGUUUUUGGUUCUGUUUAUUAUUAAUGCUGUAGUUGUUGUUUGUUUGUUGUUUUGUCAUACAUACUAGUAAAGAACUGUUAUUCCUAUCCCCAUACCUCUGUCUGAAAGCUCCUUUAAUUUUUUUAAAUUAGAAUAAUUUGGAGGGAGGGGAUUUGAAUUCUCCAUCUCUAGGGAGGUCCUGCCCCCUUCCUAGCAGAUACCUGUCUUUCAAACCAAGACACUAUGGCAUCCCAGGAGGCAUCCCAGGAGACAUUAAAAGCAGCAGAGACUGAGACUCUGCUGGGAGGGAGACAUAGGGCACUCAGGAAACACUGAAAAGUCCUUUUGCCACAGGUGCACAAUCAGGCAACAAGCUCUGGCCAGUGAGAUGCCACACUCCAAGAGUAACAUUCCCAAAUGAUGUAUUUUAAACAUUUAAACAUUUUAAACAUCACCUCCUAAGGGCACAUUCCAGCCUGCAAUUCCAAAAUGUUGGAAGUCAAGCAAGUGAGGCAGUGGAUCAGCUUGGCUGAACAGGGAUCUUCUCUUGGGGAAAAAAGGUCAAAAACGGAAGGUGGAUGCCCAGUGGAAGCAAUGCCAGGUUACAUGUGUGUGGUGUGCUGGUGUUGGAACAGCCACCCCUCUAAGGGGACAGUGGCUCCAGGGAGAAAUGCUCUGGCAUGAUGGAGCAGACCCACUGCGGCAGUCAUCCUGAUUACCUCAGCAAACAGGACCCCAAUGUGAAAGCAAGGAUAUUUUUGAAGGAGCUACUUGUGCCUUCUGCCCAUGGCAGUGAAACAGCAGCUUCACUUGUGGUGCAGAGAUCAGCUAAGGAGCUGGUUGACCCUUUUUCUCCCUGAAUGACAGAAAAAUAAACAGCAUGUUGCCAAACUGUAUGACCUUCCUCUUGGGAGGAUAAACAUGCAUCCUGCCAAAGCAUGUUACUUCACUGAAUCAGAGGUCUUGCCUCAGAAGUCUCUUAUUCCUCAGUUUCCCAGCCAUCAGCCCCAAUGCUAGAAGAUGGCCUUGUUGAGCUCCCCUUGUUCCUUCUCCACUUUCAGCUCAGCAGCUCUGGACUGCUGGGCUUCAUUUACUGCAGGAUUUCUGUCCCCACUCACCAGAACCCAUCCAUGAUCUGAACUUCCUUGAUCCAGAUCCUUGUUCCUCUCCAUGCUAAAGUUAUUCCACACACAGAGGCACAUAUGAAAGCAUCCCCCCACUGCCACUUGCAUGUCUGUCCACUAAGCUUCUCUUAGGACUUCCUCCCAUAUUUGUUUUCUUUUACUUUGUGCUCUUAGAUGUGAGUGCCAGUGUUACAGGCUCACAACACAUGUACCACAUGGAUAUUUCUAGACCAUGCCUAAACAUGGAAUUACUAGGUGAGAAUCUGUGAACAGCUUUAUGGCAUGCAUCAACCCUCAACACAUAGCCUCCUAACAUACCCACCACAAAGACUGCUAGUAGGACAAACAAAUCUCCCUAGGAGGACUAAAGGAAGGAGAGUUUUGCCCCUUCCAUAACUUGAGAUUUCAGUGGUUCCCUGUAGCAGCAGGCGCCUUGGCACCUUGCACUGUGCCUGUGUAAGAACAGUGGCUGCAGGCAAGGGAACUUGGGUGACGUUGUGUUUGGGAAGCAGAAAAAGGGGAUCAGCGUCCAAAGUGCAAGAAGAACCACGUUGGCAGUGAACUCCGGAAGCGCUGAGGUACUGAGGUCCAUGCUGGGACAUGCAGUCACCUCUAAAGAAGUGUCCAAACAAAACCAAAUAAAUUCAUCUAAGCCCUCAUGGACACCCAAGCUUCCCUAAUAGCACAACAAUCUGGGUGAGCUUAGCCUGGUCAGUAUUCUUGCUGGUUAGCACAGCAAGGAGAAGGAAAGGCUCAGAUCUUGGAGACGGGCUUGGCUUGUUUUCUCGGUCACAAGCAGCUGACUGGUACCGGUAAAUAGCACUGCCCUCAGAACCGAAAGAGAAAGCAGAUAACUAUCUGCCUGUGACAAAACAGGCUGCGGUGACAGACACCCAGCCAGCACAGGACUGACAGCAGACACAAACCCGCCUGGCUCCUAGAACAGCAGCACAGCCCUCUCCAGCAAGUUUCAGCUCCAACCCACUCAAGUGGGCAGCCUGAAGAGCUACAGAGCCUCCCAUCCAAAGGCGAAAACACCUCCUUAGAGGCAGCGAGGCUGCUGCUGUCUCAGAAAAACCCAAGCUGUACACUGGAUUCAGAAUAAUGAACGUCCUCCAUGUGACCUUCCAGUCUCUCCAGAAGCCUGUUGUGAAGAAGCUCUCCAAGGGACACUACAAGAAGUGAGGGAAAAGUGACAAGGGGAAGUGGACAGUGUGAAGCAGAAGCUUGCAAGACAGCACUGAGGACAGUAUACAGUCCAAGGAGAGGAGCAGAGUUGCGUUUGCCAACCAGUCUGAGAGAGGAGCAAAGUGGAUGGCAAUCACAGGCAUCCUCACAGCAGCUUUUACCAUGGUAGCAAGAAAGCAUGCAGGCAUCAGGAUGGGUCUGCUGCAAAAGAGAUGUACCAAGAACCUGCUCCACAUGCUGACUUUACUGGAGACCAUUGGGACCUUGGCCUUGAUGUCCUAUGCACUGCUGUACGAAGCGGGAAACCUGGUGAACCUCCCUGACAAAUGCAUUGGCUUUUACAACUUCUGCCUGUGGAAUGAUACAGCUGGGGAGCUGCAGUGCCUGGACAACAAGCAUCUACAGGCAAUAGGCAUCAGUCUACUAGAAAUGGCAGUAGCCAGGGUUUGUGUGUAUACCUGCCUAGUCUUCAUCCUCUUCCACCUCCUUCUCGUUUUAAAUGUGAAUUCGAUAGGGCAGAGAGAGGGAUGGAAAAUGAUCCGCAUCAUACUCUUCAUCAAGAUGAUAAUCCUGUCUGGAGGCCUGGGUAUGUUUCUUUUACAAACCUCACAGUGGAUUCAUCCCUCUGAUUUCACUGGAGGCUUCCUGGCACUGCUUGGGACUCAGGCUCUGCUACUGCUCCAGAUUCUCACUGCCACUGUGUACCUCGGCUCAGCUAAGCACACACAUGUAUCAAAGCCAUUUAACUGAGGAGGCCCUGCUCACUGAGAUAUGACAGUGAAGAAGACACAAGAGCUAUCAGUAACAUGAUUUAAAAGAGUAAUCCCAAUACAGCUUUGUUGCCUAGCAAAAAUCUGAUUCCCAGUCCCAAGGCUCAUGUCGAGCCAUGCUCUGGCACAUGGCUGUGUGCAGCACUCCUGCAUCAAGCUGGUAGCAGACACCAACAGCCACAGCACAGCUGUGUAACAUGUAACAUG